AUGCACCCAAUUGAUGACACUUGCACUACGCACCCAAUUGAUGACACAUGCACUACGCACCCAAUUGAUGACACAUGCACUACGCACCCAAUUGAUGACACAUGCACUACGCACCCAAUUGAUGACACUUGCACUACGCACCCAAUUGAUGACACAUGCACUACGCACCCAAUUGAUGACACAUGCACUACGCACCCAAUUGAUGACACAUGCACUACGCACCCAAUUGAUGACACUUGCACUACGCACCCAAUUGAUGACACUUGCACUACGCACCCAAUUGAUGACACAUGCACUACGCACCCAAUUGAUGACACUUGCACUACGCACCCAAUUGAUGACACAUGCACUACGCACCCAAUUGAUGACACAUGCACUACGCACCCAAUUGAUGACACAUGCACUACGCACCCAAUUGAUGACACAUGCACUACGCACCCAAUUGAUGACACAUGCACUACGCACCCAAUUGAUGACACAUUAUGCAAUAUGCACCCAAUUGAUGACACAUGCACUACGCACCCAAUUGAUGACACAUGCACUACGCACCCAAUUGAUGACACAUGCACUACGCACCCAAUUGAUGACACAUUAUGCAAUAUGCACCCAAUUGAUGACACAUGCACUACGCACCCAAUUGAUGACACAUGCACUACGCACCCAAUUGAUGACACAUGCACUACGCACCCAAUUGAUGACACAUGCACUACGCACCCAAUUGAUGACACAUUAUGCAAUAUGCACCCAAUUGAUGACACAUGCACUACGCACCCAAUUGAUGACAGACACAUUGCAACGCCUUCAUUGAUAAGACACACACAACCAUUGUAG